GUUCAUUGACGUGCAUGGAAUACAUGCAGGGCCAAGGUCGGUCGACUGUAUGUCCCUCGCUGGCCAGGCCACCCGAAUUAGGAGGCAUUAAACAUGACAAAUCACAUACAUACCAGCCCAGCCCAGCCCAGCCCAUUAAUAGCGAUGCCACCCCACCCUCUGCCCAUGCAUAUCGAUCGUCAUCAUCACUGAGUUGGCUGCAACAAAUACCUCACUCACUACGUACCCUACCCGCCCCGCCCCACACGCCCCUCCCUCCUACCUCGCUAGACAAAUGAAAUCAACAGUGUCCGUCCGUCCGUCCUUCCUCGCUGCCCCCAUGCAUCGAUCGCAUCAUGCCGACACGUACACGCCGCGUGUGGCGGUGCGGCCGUCCUGUGCCGCGUCGGGCAGCAGAUGCCGCUUGAGAAAGUCGAGCAUCCUAUCCACAAUGAUGUUGUCGUAGUUUGGCGUCUGACAAAGCGCACACACCGCACACAGAGACAGAGUGCGGGGAUGGACGGUCCGUGAUCUGGUCUCUCUCACCUCGAGCUCAAAGUGCCCGAUGUUGUUGAUGAGGUAUUUCUCCUUCGGACCGACACACCUGCAAAUGUCACACACACACAAUGGGUGGGGGCAGUGGCAGUGGCAAUCCCGCCUGCCGACCUGUCGAAGUAUUUAUCGAAGGUCCGGACAGAUGUGAAUCCGUCUGCCGUGCCCAUGAUAAAGAGUUUCGGCCUAUCCACACGCAGAAUCGGCUCGUAGUGGCCCCUGAACAGACAAGAAGCAGACAGACAGACAGGCCAAGGAAUGAGGAUGAGCAUGGGGCUCUCGGUGCGGGCCUGGGUGACCUCACCCGAACAGAAUGGAGGCGAACCAGCCGAACGUAUAGCCAAUGCCUACAUACCCACGAACCAUCGGCAGCCGCUCGACGGCAGUCCCUGUCAGGCACACGACACAACACAACGCAGCGCAACGCAGACAGGGAGGGCACACUCCUGCAAUGAACCGUCAUGUUGCUUGCCUGCGAUAGGUGCGCCAGCUGAGGAGCCGACCAGGAGGAUAUUGGUUGCGUUGAGGUGCUUGGCGGCCCACUCACAUGCGGCCACCACAUCAGCCACCUCAGACAUGCCCGUCACUGUUGACCUGCCAAACACAACACAGCACACGCAGCACCGACACAUCCUUCUGGAAGAGAAUCAGCGACUUCAUCUUUGCCUGACCCACCAGCCUGAAGAUCUGUUGACCCCUCGCAUGUCGAAUGUCAAGGCGGGGAAGCCCCUGUCAACGGUCAAAGCCGCCAUGCCCUCCAUCAGCUGCGAACACCCGCCCAUCUGACACACAGCACGACAGACACCACACCGACACGCUGAUGAGGGGGAUGCAACAACGAGAUCUGGCCUUGUUUUGUGCAGCUAGGCGUGUGAACGUGCUCACCUUGCUGUACUGAUGGACGAAGACAACAAGGGGCAUCUGGCCCAGCGUCGGCAGCUUCUCCUCGCUGGUUGACCAGAACUUGCCGCUGAUGACGACUCGCCCUUCGGAAACCGUCUCAAACCGUGUGAUGGCGCCCCGCAUUCGUAACGAUGAAGAGAGGAUGAGGCGCUCGCAAUGGG